AUGGACCUCACAGGAGGCAGGACACGCGUUCAAGUUAUCUACGCCACGCGCAAGACGCGCCACCAAGCCGGGGUGUGGAAGCGCCCACAUGAUCCUAAGAAGGCCUCACACCCAGCGCCAGGCGAUUCGUCAUCGAGACAAGAACCGCCAUGUUUCCCAGCUGCGCUGCAAUCUGUUGUAGAGUCGCAUCCCAUCGUCGCUGCAGCAGAAUCCAUGGACGAUCUCAACACAGCUUUCCCUAGCGACAGUGGUCGGGAUCCCAGCGCAGCUCUGAACCAUAUGCGACAGUCCCCCGAACAUGGGGCUGACGACCUCCUUGAUGUUACCACGACAACAAAAUCGGUGUUGGCGACUACCAGGCAGGAGGACUCGCUCCGUCUCUGUGAUCCGGAACCUCUCGAGGAGGUUAUUCCCAGCGUUGAUCGCACGAUGUCCGCGAAACGAUCGUCUCGGACGCUGAAAGCCUCCCGGCGGCUUCUCAUCAUCGACUUCAACGAAGACAGACCGGCCCACAGAAACGACGAUCACGACCCUCGGCCCAUUUCUCCGCGACACAGCCAGCACCGUACACUUCGACGCAAGAAGCACCUGAAUGUGACGCAGCCACCGAGGCCUGCCCUUGAGCCGAUCGCGAUCUCCCUCAGCCUUCCUACGCACACCAGAGAUUUAUCCGAGCCCGAAUCACUUGCGUCUGCAAGCAGCGACGUGCCAACGCCGCCUGCAUCACCCAAGGUGCCUCCGGCUCCUUCCACCGCACCAUCAAGUCCAGUACGGAUCGGGCACCCAAGCAGGCCGUACUACUCUGCGAUACGCAAGCAGGGCAUCUCACCACCCUCGUCACGCCCCACCUCUCUCAGCGGACCACCCACGACAAGUACCAGUACACGCCCACAAUCGUACAACCCACCUCCCUCGCAACCCCUUGCUUCAACAGCGAGCACGACCGCCUCACGCCAUCUCUCCAUGUCCUCGAUGUUUGUCAGCCCACCUUAUUCAUCAGCACCGUCAGGUGUGUUUUCGGCAUUCGCAGUCGUAGAUGAUGAUGACGACGGUGAUGACGACCUUCCCAUGAUGCCGCCUACACCCGCACCAGGUCGGCUCUCCUUCUCCUUCACAUCACGGCCGCAACGAUCAUCCCUCGGCCUCGCCCCAUCCCCCCGAGUGCACAUGGACGCCCAAGCACAUUCGUCCUCACAUUCCCACUCGUUAUCGUUAUCUCAAGGUCGCCGUAGCGGUGGCUUCUCGAUGAGUGGACAGACGGAGUUACGGAUGGCGCUGGCCGUGGGUGCAGCGUCGGCAGGGGCCGCCGAGGAAGGUUUCAGGUUCACAGAAACCGUGGCACCCAGUGGGAGCGGCACUGGGAGGGGCGUCAACCAAAACUCUCUAGUGGCGUCCACCGCCACAAAUCCGAGCCCAGGGUCGCGCAACAGCUUCAUGGGCAGGGUGAAGAAGCUGAGGAAAGGAAUCAAGGACAUGCUUCUGAUGAAUUCGACUACUACGACGAACACUUCUAUGAACUCGAACGCGACAACAACAACGACGGCAGCCUAA